CCUUCUCUUCAAUCUUCAUCGCUUCUUCUACUGAAUUCGGACACUCUCACACAAGUUUCCACAAUUGCUUUGUUAACGGCCGUGCGAAGUGCAGAAGUGCUCACUGCUGAGUAGAGAUCACGGACUCCAGUUGACGAAACAUAAUAUACCUCACUUUUGUGGCUGAAUAUCUAUCAAUGGGGAUAGAUAUGGAAUCGACGACCACCGCCGCCGACUCCGUUCCCGAGCCAACUCGGAAGGCGACUCCACCUCCUAGGCUAUUUAUCCAGGAGAUGGUGAUGAAGAAUUUCAAAUCAUAUGCGGGCGAACAGCGCGUUGGCCCCUUUCACAAGAAUUUCUCCGCUGUAGUCGGUCCUAAUGGAAGUGGGAAGAGCAACGUCAUAGAUGCGAUGCUUUUUGUGUUUGGGAAGAGAGCUAAACAGAUGAGGCUAAAUAAAGUUUCGGAGCUUAUUCACAACUCUACAAAUCACCAGAAUUUGGAAAGUGCUGGUGUAUCAGUUCACUUUCAGGAGAUUAUUGAUUUGGAUGAUGGGAAUUAUGAAGUUGUCUCCGGAAGUGAUUUCAUAAUUACACGUGUUGCAUUUCGGGAUAACUCCUCUAAGUAUUAUAUCAACGACAGAGCAAGUAAUUUCACAGAGGUGACCAAAUUCUUAAGAGGGAAAGGUGUUGAUUUGGAUAACAACCGAUUUCUGAUUCUUCAGGGUGAGGUGGAACAAAUAUCACUUAUGAAGCCAAAGGCACAGGGGCCUCAUGAUGAAGGAUUUCUAGAGUAUCUUGAGGAUAUUAUUGGAACUAACAAAUAUGUAGAAAAGAUUGAUGAAUCAUUUAAGGAGCUGGAAGCACUUAAUGAAAAGAGAACUAGUGUGGUUCAAAUGGUGAAGUUGGCUGAGAAAGAAACAGAGAGCCUGGAGGGUGUCAAGAAUGAAGCAGAAGAAUACAUGCUUAAAGAGCUGUCACUGUUGAAAUGGCAAGAGAAAGCUACCAAGUUGGCUUCUGAAAAUAAUAUCACUGAAAUAGCAGAUAUUCAGGCAGCUAUUUCUAGCCUAGAGGCAAAUGUAAAGUCUGAAAGGAAUAAAAUACAAGAAAAUACCAAAACAUUGAAAGAACUUGAAGCUUUGCAUGUGAAGUACAUGAAGAGACAAGAGGAACUGGAUAAUGAUCUCCGGCGCUCAAGAAAUGAUAUAAAGGAAUUUGAAAGGCAGAACCUGAAAGAUCGAGAAGAUUAUGACCACUUGAAGAAAAAGAUAAAAAAGCUGAAUGACAAACUCGAAAGGGAUGUGACCAAAAUUGCAGACCUUACUAAAGAGUGCGAGGACUCUGUGAUUGAGAUUCCUAAGCUUGAGGAACAAAUUUGUCAGUUGCAGAAACAGUUAGUGAACGAGGAGAAGAUCUUGGAAGAAAUAGAAGAAACUUCUAAAGCUGAAACCGAAGUUUUCCGUAGUGAGCUUGCUGAUGUUCGUACUGAACUAGAACCCUGGGAAAAGCAAAUGAUUGAUUGCAGAGGAAAACUUGAAGUUGCUUCUGCUGAAAAAGAUCUCUUGAAUAAAAAGCAUGAAGCUGGUUGUGCUGCAUAUGAAGAUGCAAAGAAGAAGAUAGUUGAAAUUAAUGCAACAAUUGAGACAAAAACUUCAGCUGUUAAAGAUAUUGAAAAUGAGCUAGUGAAGAAGAAAUCUGAAGCAUCUGAAGCUCGUAAAGUGGAGCAAGCUUUGCUUGAAGAACAACACAAGUUAGUUCUUCUAGAACAGGCUGCUAGACAAAGGGUUGCUGAGCUUUCAUCUACUAUGGAGUCUGAAAGGAACCAAAAUUCUGUUUUAAAAGCAAUAAUUCACGCUAAGGAAGCUAAUAUUAUACCGGGAAUAUAUGGCCGAAUGGGAGAUCUAGGGGCCAUUGAUGCAAAAUAUGAUGUUGCUAUAUCAACUGCAUGUGCUGGACUUGAUUAUAUUGUUGUGGAGAAAACUUCUGCAGCCCAAGCAUGCGUCGAGCUGCUGCGUAGCCAAAACCUUGGUGUUGCUACAUUCAUGAUUCUGGAAAAGCAAACCAAUCAUCUACCUAGGUUAAGGGAGAAAGUUGUCACACCAGAGGGUGUUCCUCGCUUAUUUGAUCUCAUCAAGGUUCAGGAUGAGAGGAUGAAACUUGCUUUUUUUGCAGCACUGGGGAACACCAUUGUAGCUAAAGAUAUUGAUCAGGCCACUCGAAUCGCUUAUGGUGGAAGGAAUGGAUCCUGGCGUGUCGUCACACUUGAUGGUGCUCUUUUUGAAAAAUCUGGUACAAUGACUGGUGGAGGGAAUCGGCCAAGUGGUGGCAAAAUGGGGACCUCUAUUCGUGCUAGUGUGUCUGGAGAGGCUGUGGCAACUGCUGAAAAGGAGCUAUCAGAUUUGGCUGAAAGGCUAAAUAAUAUUAGGAACAGAAUAUCUGAUGCUAUUAGGAGUUACAGAGAUUCAGAAAAUGCGAUUUCACCCUUGGAGAUGAAUUUAACAAAAACCUGGAAGGAGAUAGAGAGUCUAAAGCUAUUACUUGGAGAUCUAGAAAAACAGCUGUCUUCACUGAAGGCAGGAUCACAGGCAUCAAAGGCAGAGCUGGCUAAGCUGCAAGAACUUGAACACAUCAUUUCCGAAGAAGAGAAAGAAAUGAACAGGCUUCUCAAAGGUUCAGAACAACUAAAAAACAAGGCUUUGGAGCUCCAGAACAAAAUAGAAAAUGCUGGAGGGGAAAGGCUGAAAAAGCAGAAAGCUAAAGUUAGCAAGAUUCAGUCUGAUAUUGAUAAAAACAGCACUAAGAUCAACCGCGACAAAGUCCAGAUUGAAACUGGCCAGAAGACAAUUGAAAAAUUGACAAAGGGGAUUGAAGAGUCCAAAGUUGAGAAGGAAAGGCUAUUGGGCGAAAAGGAGAAAUUACAUACCGCAUCCAAGGAAACUGAAGAAAAAGCUAUAAAAGUUAUGGAGGAUUCUGUUAAGAUACAGGAGGUAAUUAAUGAGCAUAAGGAAGUUCUGGACCAAGCAAAAUCAGACUAUGAAAACCUUAAGAAAGUCAUGGAUACCUUACGAACAUCUCAGGUUGAUGCUGAAUACAAGCUACAAGAUAAGAGGAAAGCAUGCAAGGAGCUAGAAAUUAAGGGGAAAGCUUACAUGAAAAGGCUUGAUGAUCUUGAAAUAUCUAUAUCAAAGCACCUGGAUCAGAUUCAGAAAGAUUUGGUGGAUCCGGUGAAGCUAGAGGUAGUUCUGACAGAUGCAACUCUUGCUCAAACAAGUGACCUUAAGCAGGGUCUUGAGAAGGUGGCGCUCCUUGAAGCUCAAUUGAAGGACAUGAACCCAAACCUUGACUCAAUCUCAGAGUAUCGGAAGAAAGUUAGUUUGUAUAAUGAGAGAGUUGCAGAUCUUAAUUUGGUCACUCAACAACGUGAUGACAUAAAGAAGCAAUAUGAUGAAUGGAGGAAGAAGAGGUUAGAUGAAUUCAUGGCUGGUUUUAACACAAUUUCGUUGAAACUAAAAGAAAUGUAUCAGAUGAUAACACUGGGAGGGGAUGCUGAACUCGAGUUAGUGGACUCCUUAGAUCCAUUCUCAGAAGGUGUCGUCUUCAGUGUCAGACCACCGAAAAAGAGCUGGAAGAACAUUGCCAACUUAUCAGGAGGCGAAAAGACCCUCAGCUCACUAGCCCUAGUAUUUGCCCUCCACCAUUACAAACCAACCCCACUUUACGUGAUGGAUGAGAUCGAUGCUGCUCUAGAUUUCAAGAACGUAUCUAUCGUGGGGCAUUAUGUUAAGGAUCGUACAAAGGAUGCACAAUUCAUCAUCAUAAGCCUACGUAAUAAUAUGUUCGAGUUGGCUGAUCGACUUGUUGGAAUAUACAAAACCGAUAAUUGCACAAAGAGCAUCACCAUCAAUCCUGAGAGCUUUGUUGUUUGUAAACAACAGCCUUCUUAAGAUUCUCUGCAAAAUCUGUCUUUUGCUUAAGUAUUUCUGGAGAAAUACUAAUAGUAGUAUGUAAUUAUAGAGACAUUCACAUACGAAACUCAUUAUAUCUAAUAUUCAUAUUUUGACAA